AUGCUGUAGAUCAGGUUCGAGGAUGUACAUGUGAACAUCUGUCACACCUGGAGGGAUUGUCGAAGCCCAUGGAUGGGGUUGAGGGAAGAGUUAUGACAGGUGUUUCACUCAGGGUUCCAGCAUCUGCAGUCUCGUGUCAUUUUCUGUUGGGAGAAAAGGAUAAAACAUCCGCGCUCUGACCGUGAAGUCACUUGUGUUUCCCAAGGGACUGCAGUCUUUCCGAGAUGGAUUUCAGUUUAAAGACGGCGAGUUGGUGAACAGACAAAGUUAGAGCGAGUGCAAAUGUCGGCUAUGCCCAUGAGCGAGGUGGGGCGGCUACGGCGGCGGAACGUUCAGCCACGGACACGGGUGUCGAGGAGCUGGAGUCGGAGACACACCGCCCCGGGAUGCGGACAUGAGCCUGAGGAUGCAGCCGGUGGCGCGGCAGGCACUGUGCUGCCGUGGGCUCUCCCACAGGAUCCAGCCAGCUGCUGGCUAUUGGCAGCUCCCAACACAAGGGAGACGUGCUGUGCUCGCAGGGACUCACAAAACUAUUCCAGCUGGGAUCUCAUCAGCCAGGAUUCUCGAUCGUUUCUGGAAAAUUUCACUGGACUCCUAUCUGAUCCCAAAAACCAAAGCUCACUUCUCUUUUUCCAAGGAGAGCAAUGUAUAUACUGCAGGCAAACAUUUAGGAAAAUUGGAUGCAGAUGCCUCUGGAUUGGCAAAUACGGUUGAAUCUUUUCUGAAUCUGAGAUUCACCCAGGAUCAAGUGAAGCAACUGCUCGAUUUGAAUCCCAGAAUUGCUGCACAGAUUCCAGUGAAGGAUCUCCCUGUGCUCUACGUCCUUGAGAGCCUUGGCCUUAACCCAAGGAGCACCUUCAAAGUGUUGGAGAGGUGCCCUGAACUGCUCGGAGAGAAAGAACACCAGCUGCAGUCACGCAUUGACAACCUGCGGAAGCAUGGACUGGGCGAAGGCCGUCUGCAACGUACUGUGGUGCAUUGCCCACACAUUCUGAAUCUCUCUGCAAAGCAGGUGAACAACACUGUGCGUUUCUUCAAAGAUAAAUGCAUUUUCACAGGACAGCAGGUUACAGAAAUCCUUCAAACUUCACCCAAUGUUCUCUUUGAAAAAUGUGAAGAAUUGGAAUACAAAUUUCAGUUCGCAUAUUUCCGCAUGGGAAUAAAACAAGCAGAGAUUGUGAAAUCUGGAAUAUUCCGGGUGUCAAUGGAAGAACUGAGGCAGCGCCAUAUCUUCUUAGAACGGCUGGGGCGUUACCAGACUCCAGACAAAAAGGGACAGACCCAGAUUAUAAACCCCAAACCAAAGACAAUAUUUACCACAACUGAAGAUUAUUUUCUAGCUAAGGUGGCCAUGUCAUCUUGGGAAGAAUUUGAUACAUUUAAGAAGCUCCUGAGGCGCGAGGAGAUGGAAAAAGAACUUGAGAAUCAGGAAGAUAGAGGUACAUCUGUGGAACAGUCCGACAGUGAGGAGGAUGAGGAACUGAGCGACAUUGAGGAUGAGGAACUGAGCGACAUUGAGGACGCGGAACUUUCACAUUAAAACCGAUUGCAUUGUUGAUAUGCAACUGAAAGAUUUCGUUGAUAUUCAAUUCCCUGCUCGAUUCUAUAUCCAAAAGCCUGUUUCAAUCUGGUUUUAAAAUGGGGAACUGUGACCAACAGUGGAAAUACAUUGAUAAUUGUACAACAAAAAGUAGGUGAGUUGAAGAAUAUAGAUAUAGAAGGGUCAAUCAGAGUCCCCUUCUCCAAAAAAAUGAUUUUUAACUGCUUUAAUCUGAAAUAAAUCCUGUCACCGAGCAACCAAAAAAUUAAAUGUGACAAAGUCACAAACCAAGUUCUGUUCAUUGUCAAGAAUAGGUGAUUCUCAUUUUGAUACAAGAAAGAACUGAACUCCACUGUCCUUUCAUCUAAAAAUAACAGCAUCAACCCCAACUCUAAUUAAUUAGCUACAAGGUUGAUUAUGGAAGAAGUGAUGUAUCUGAGUGAAUGGAUCACAUUUGUGCAAUUAAAACUGAGGAUUGG